AUGACGUACAACCCUUUGCUGGUGGCGUGGCCAUAUCAGGAAGACGUGGUGGCCAGUAGUAGAUAUUCCGCAACCAAAUCCGACCCUUCCGCCUACCCAGACGCUCACUAUCGGAUCAUCUCGUCACACGUCAACGCCACCCACUGGGAGGUGGCCAGUGUGUGCUCGGGCUGCAGCCAUUGGAGCGAGGUGCCGGGCGAGCCGGUGCUGUCUGUGCCGGUCGGGGGGUCCGCGACGCUGGCGUGGGCCGCCAGCACCAGGUCCAUCCCCAACACGGCCAGCAACACGUCCGCCACGAGCUACCACAACAACGGGGGUUUCUUCUUGGUUGAUCUCGGCGCAGCGAGGGUUGACGAAGAGGAGUGGGCGCGGUUGGUUGCUGAGGUGUAG